AUGAAGUCUGAAACUAUCUAUAUUAAAAAAUAUAUUAUUAUGAAAAGUAAACAAGUUUUAAGUGCUAAAAUUAAUACUCAUUUUUAUCAGCAAUUAAAAAGCCAAAUUGGUAAAGGAAAAAUCAGUGAAUUUGUGGAAAGAACCCGCACUGAAAAAUUAGCCCAAAAAGAGCAAGACAGAUUAGAAAGAAAAAUGGGAGUUUUGAACGAAAAACAAUUAAAGCAAUUAGCCAUAGGAUUACACGCUGUUUUAGAGUUAAAUUGUGGUAUGGAUAGUUCAAAAUUACAUAUAAUCAAAUUCUUGGCCUCUGCAAGAAUUAACAUAAAAGAUUUAUCAUUAAGUUUUGGACAUAAAAUUCUUUUUGAUAAUUUAAACUUUUGCUGGCAAAAUGGCGAUAAAAUUACCAUUGUUGGUGAUAAUGGUUCGGGUAAAUCAACCCUUAUUAAUUUACUGGCUGGUAAAGAUUAUGGUCAAUCUGGACAAAUUAAUACGUGCGGUAAAAUUGGAUAUCUUCCCCAAUCUUUUGAGAAUUUUAAAAAUCAGUCCACUCUCGACCACCUUAUUUAUGCUUCCCAAAGUUCACAAUUGAUAAAACUUGCGGAAAUACCUUUUAAAAAACGUUCAGACGCUUGGUUUCAAGAGUUUAAUAGUUUAGGCGGCAAUCCUCUGCUAAAAACCUUUUAUAAGUUUGGUUUUACCAAAGAGUAUUUUGAGCGAGAAUUUUUUGAACUCAGUGGCGGGGAAAAAGUUAAAGUACAUCUGAGUGGAUUAGCCCAUGCCGACACAGACAUUUUGUUGCUUGAUGAACCAACCAACCACCUUGAUAAUAAAGGAUGUGAUUGGAUUGAGAAUUUUAUUAGACGACAUCAAGGCAUAGCAAUAAUGGUGACUCAUGACCGGGCUCUUAUUAAUAACACUGGGAGUAAAAUUGCCGAAUUGUGUCCUUUUACCCAUAAACUCAUACGUUUUCGCGGAGGACAUAAAUUUUACUUAGAACAACAAAAACAAAAUCAGGAACGUUCGCAAGCAUUGUUGGAAAAACAAGAAAAAAAUAUAGCUGUCCUUAGGAAAAAACAAGAUGCUCUUGGUUAUGCCGCUUCACUACAAGUUAAAAAGAAAAUUAAGCGACUCAAAAAAGAUAUGGUUGAUGUUUCCCAAGCUCGUAAAAUACCCCACAUUGUCUUUAAUGAAAAAAUAAAAACUAAUGUCAAUCUAUCUGUAAUUAAUCUAGCAAAGCAUCCUUUAUUUGCUGGGAUAAGUUUUAAUCUUGGUUUCCAAGAUCGUCUUGUCAUCACGGGAAAAAAUGGCGCGGGCAAAACUACAUUAUUCGAGAUUAUUUGUGGUUUGCGUGAACCGGAUAAUGGUUCAAUUAGUUUAUCAAAAAAUGCCGCGGUGGGAUUUUUAGAUCAAGAGCAAAAAUAUCUCGAUCUGGAAAAAACUCCUAUUGAACUUAUCCAAGGUCGCAGUAAAAUUUUCUCGACGCAAGGUGCGAUAAUUGGCCAUUUAAAGCAGUUUGGUCUUUAUUAUGAACAUGAUUUUUUUAGUCCGUUAAAAGAUUUAAGCAUUGGUUGUCGGCGCAAAGCCCAAUUAGCACAAAUGAUUGCGGAAGGGGUAGAUGUUUUGCUGCUCGAUGAACCUACUAAUCAUUUAGAUUUAAUGAGUCUCGAACAAAUCGAAAAUCAACUUUUAUCAUUUCCUGACGCCCAAAGUCAGGGUAAUUUGACUGCAAAAUUAAUGGAAUUAAUAGAGAAAAACCGAGCCGAUGCGGAAGAAAGGGCAAGGAAGGAUAAGGAAAUUAUCGAAGCAAGGGCAAGCAAAGAAUUAGAAAAUAAAGAAGCGGGAUUACGACGAGAAAUGGAAUUACAAGAAAAACUUGCUAAAGCCGAAAAUAAAGUGUUGGAAGAUAAACAAAAGAUUAACGAGGAUAAAUGA